AUGUCCAAAACCAACGGCGAUCAUAACGUUGCUCUGGCUGGCCGGCAGCAGAAAUCAGCGGAUGGUUCAGUGCAAGACGAAGAAGAAGAAGAGCAUGACGAUCUGAAGAACCAGGAUCACGGCGUGGUGUCCAACGUCCCGCCCCCGGAGGACAAGAAGAAGAAGAAGAAAAAGAAGAAGAAGCCAGCCAGUAAACGUGGGUUGGACAAGCCAACCGGAUUCGAAGACUUCUUCGCAGAUGCCCCGAUGACGCCGGAAGAACACGCCGAAGACCAAGAACUCUACGACCCACAGCUAGAUUUUGUCGACCGCAUCCUGACAGCCAUAGCCCGCUUCGAGAGAACCCGCAAACUUACCCCCGAGCGCCGUGACGUUCUAUACAAGUACCUCGCGUACGGUGGCCUCAGCGUAGGACCCAACGUCGGCCAAGGGAGCGUCGACACCGAAGGACUGUCCAAAGUCGAGGUCGCGCAGGCUCUCUCGCAAGUCUUUGCCUCUGAAGACAAGCGUGACCUGGGCACCGAAACGAGUCUCUACGAGGUCGACUUCCUCGGCUGCAUCAAGAGCUUCCUCAGCCGCCGGACUAAGAACGUCUGGGGUCUCGAGACCAGAGCACAGGUCGACAUGAUUUGCACCACCAUUGAGCGGUUCCUCGACUACCUGCUCCAGCACGACGUCUGCCCAGAGUACGGGGACGACAUUCUCGCAUCCCGGUCGUUCUGCCGGGUCGCGGCAGCCGAGCUGUGGGAUACCGCCGAAGUCCUCCGCCGUCUCCCGGGGGAUUUCAACAUCGCGUGCUCGACGCUCUUCGACGGCAGCUACGCGCACAACUACGACGGCGAGACAUGGUGGGGCAAAGACGACGAAGGAGUCCCCGUCUUCGUGGGCAUGAAGCCCGAAGAAGCACAACAGAUCGUCAAGUUCGGCGUCGCGGGCGCGGCGAACGAAAACGUCUACCUCGGCUUUCUGGACGGCGUGCAGAACCAGAGGCCACUAAUGCUCGACGUCAUCGACGUCCAAGAACACAUGGGCUUCGAGAUCACAAAGAUCCAACCGCCCUCGAAGGAAUGCAAGCAGAUCUACACCUCACAGUCUGCGCAGUUCCGCCCUGUCGGCCGCGUGACCGCGAAACGGUGGCGAGACCUUAUGGCAUUGGCCGAAGACCUCACAGACGCGGAGCGAGAGGCCGAGCGAGAGGCCGAAGCGACGUCGCCGGCCGAGUACGUCUUCUUUGUCGAAUCGAUCCUUCAAUCCAUGUUGCGCGUCGGCACGAAGAUCGAGGCCACCGUGCGGACUCUUGGCUGCGGCAUUAUGUUCUUCGACGAGGUGCUCAACGUGUAUCCCUCCUUCGACGAAUUCAUUGCCAAUGAGAUGCUGAUCGGGUGGAAACCGCCCAAACCGAUGAAUGGAGCAAACGACUAUGUGCCGGGAGAGGACAGUGAUGGGGACGAAGGCGAAGAAGACGGGCCGACCGAAGCUGGCAACGUCAAAAACGGGCAGCGUGCUGGUGAAACCGUGGAGCAGCCGGCGACCGAUGCUGCAGAGGCAAAGUACGGUGGUGCUGGAGAGCUCAAGGACGGCGAUGCUUCUGGUCAUGGUGGAGACGCGUUCGUCUACAACGAAGGCGAACGUCCCUAUUGA